UAAGCUCUCUGUUAAAAAGCUACCAAUAUUGAAGUUACAAGGAUCUUUCGUACAACAGUGGCAUUGGUAUAAAAAAACAGUGAUAUCAACCGAAACCAUAAAUGUAGCUGAACAUGCAACUCUCCGUCUGUAAUGGGAAUGAAAAGACAGCUGCAUGGAGUGAAAAUAAUGGAUUACAACCAGUAGUAAACAUGGAAUCGAAUGAAAUAAAAAAUUUAAAAUUUGAAGAUUUAAAGUAUUUCGUAAUCCAAGGAAGAGGUAAUUGUUUCAUUAUUCUAAGCUUGCCGGUUGUAAAGCCGGAAAAAAGUUCAUUCUCAAAGGAAUAUCUGGAGAAUUCAAAUCUGGGGAACUUAGUGCGAUUAUGGGACCUAGUGGGGCUGGCAAGAGUUCUCUCAUGAACAUUCUAGCAGGGUACUGCACACAAAAUGUUAUUGGUGAUGUUAUCAUUGGCUCUUCACUAAGGAACCUGCAACAAUUCAGGAAAAUGUCAUGUUACAUAAUGCAAGAUGAUUUGUUACUACCUCAUCUAUCUGUUGAUGAGGCAAUGAUGUGUAGUGCCAACCUGAAAUUAAGUGAAAAAACCAACUACGCAUCCAAAAGGAAAAUAGUUGAUAAUAUUAUAAGUCUUCUUGGUCUAAGAGAAGCCGUACAUACUCGAACUUCACAACUGUCUGGUGGUCAGAAGAAACGACUGGCUAUUGCUCAGGAAUUAGUUAACAACCCCCCAAUAAUGUUUUUUGAUGAGCCCACAAGUGGUUUGGAUAGUGCUUCAUGUUUUCAUUGCAUCUCAUUGUUACGUCGUUUGGCACGUGGUGGUCGAACAAUAAUUUGUACAAUACACCAACCGAGUGCAAAAAUAUUCGAACUAUUUGACCAUUUAUACUUCUUAACUGAUGGUCAUUGUAUUUAUAGAGGACCUGUUUCAUGUUUAGUCCCUUACCUCGCAUCACAAGAUUUAAUCUGCCCAUCUUAUCAUAAUCCUGCUGAUUAUUUUAUGGAAGUGGCUUGUGGUGAAUACGGUGAUCAUUACAUGCGAUUAGCAAUGGCUGCACGUCGUGGAACACUAGAUGAAAUUGUAGAUUAUUUGAAAAAGAAGAAAGUAUUUCUUAAUAAAACAAUAAUUGAAACAAAUGAAUGUCCAAUAGAUAAUAUUCAAAUAGUUUCUGAAACUAUUCCUUUAAGUGAUCAUGGUUCAUCUUCAUCAUCAUCGCCAUCAUUUUGUUCACCUAUUAUUAUACAUGAUGAUAAGAAGAAAAAGGCUAAACAGCUUGUAAAAAGUCAAGAAUCACCAUCACAUAUUGAAAUGUCUGUACUUCUACCUCAACCUAAUGGCCCUAUACGUACCAUAGAUCAAGGUAUAGUCAGUUCAGAUUGUAUAAAAUACGAUGAUCCUAGUCGAGAAUUCGCUGCAAAUCAGUUAACCCAAUUUCGGGUUCUAUUCGUGAGAAAUGUACUCUCCAUUAUUCGUGAUUCAACAUUAACACAUCUGCGUUUUGUUUCACAUAUUGUUGUUGGAAUAUUAAUCGGUGUUUUAUAUUUUCGUGUUGGUAAUUUGGGUUACGAAGUGAUAAGUAAUGCAGCAUUUGUCUUCUUCACUUUGCUAUUCCUUAUGUUUGCUUCAUUAAUGCCAACUGUGAUGACAUUUCCACUUGAAAUAUCAAUAUUCUUCCGUGAACAUCUAAAUUCAUGGUAUAGUUUAAAAGCCUAUUACAUGGCAAAAUCACUAGCUGAUGUACCAUUCCAGAUAUUUUUUCCUAUUGUUUACGCUAGUAUUACAUAUUGGAUGACUGAACAACCAAAUGAUGCGUUAAGAUUUAUUCAAUUUCUUAUCAUAUCGAUUCAAACAUCUUUAGUUGGUCAAUCAUUAGGUCUUGUUAUUGGUACAGCUACUUCAUUACAGGUUGCUGUAUUUCUAGGACCUGUAACGGGAAUUCCUAUACUAUUAUUCUCUGGGUUCUUUCUUAAUUUAUAUGCUAUACCGAAGUAUUUACAAUGGAUUUCUUUUUUAUCAUUUACCCGAUAUUCAUUUUCGGGAGCACUCAAAAUUAUCUAUGGAAAUAAUCGUACAGAACUUGAUUGCGAUCGCAAACGAAUAAACAAAAUGAGCUAUCCUUGUCUUGGCAAACCAGCAAUGAUAUUUCAAGCAUUAAAUAUUCCAGAUUAUAGUGUUUCUGUCGAUUUCGGUGUGUUAUGCAUCUUUUUUCUUUUUUUACGAAUACUUGGUUAUUAUAUACUUCGAUGGCGUGUACGUCGCCGACGUUGAUCAUGACAAUAACAUUUUUAUUUAUAUUCUCCUGCUAAUAAAAUUAUCUGUCUUGAAAAUAUAAUUCAUAUACUAACAGAAUAUUGUAUGUGAUUGAUUUUCGUGAAAUUUCCGUUCUUCCUUUAACACUUAAUUGAGUGUUCAUGUGUGUAUGUCCAGAACAUAUGUCAUGUAUUAUGCACUUCCUUUCAUGAGAAAUUUCAUCUUCAGGUUGUGUUUACUUAUCUACUCUUAUAUUUAUCUGUUCAUACUAGACAUUACGAAUUUAUAGACGAUUGGUGAGUUCUAAAUAAGAAUAGAUAUGUUUAUUGGUUAUUGCAUUUCAAGUCAAUCAAUAUUUUUUAUUGUAAUUUACUAAUUGGCAUUUUAUAUUUAUAAUUCGACCCGAUCAUUGUUUUAAAGAAGGCAAUUUACAUUUUAUGACAAAUAUUGUAUACAAUUUCCUUCUUUUUUUAGAUUAAUGAUUUUAUUCUUCGAUGAUUUAUAUUCCAUUAUUGAAAUUAAUUAUUUGUCAUUUAGAAAUACAACUAUUUCAAUAUGAAGUAAUUAAGUGCACAAUAAAACCUGUACAUCCUUCUUUUAUUGUUGAUUUUAUCAUUACAUGAUAAGUAUUAAUAGUGAUAACACCCGAAUAGUUACACUGAUUUCUUCUUCUGUUCUCUAUUUAUUAAAUAUUUUGUCGAUUUUAGAAAAAAACAAACUUUAUUUCAUCAUAAGUAGAGUUGAAAUAUUCAGUUGUAUUUAUUCAUUUGUCACCUUGAAUUGGAAGAUUAUUCUGUGAAUAGGUUGACUAUCUUUAUCUUUUUUUUAAUUUUAAUUCCGUUAGGAAUGGGUUUUUAUUUGUCAACCAUGUUUCUAUUUCCAUUCUAUUCUUCUCUAUAUCACCAGUCAUUUUCUUUAAUAUUAUAUAAUUUCCUCAUGUAUAUUUGUACAAGAGUCUAAAAUUGAUUACCUAAAACGUAUUAAAUACAUAUGUUUGCUUUAAGUGA